AUGCCAUCUGUUGGAACACUUGCUUUCGAUGAAUUCGGUCGUCCAGUACUUAUCCUCCGAGGACAAGAAUCAAAAAAGCGAUUAUUUGGGAUUGAAGCACACAAGUCUCAUAUAUUAGCAGGCAAAGCGGUGGCUGAUACACUUAAAACAUCCUUAGGUCCACGAGGCAUGGAUAAAUGUAUGGUAUCACCGGAUGGUGAUAUAACAAUAACGAAUGAUGGUGCAACUAUACUCAGUAUGAUGCAUGUUGAAAAUGAAAUAGGAAAAUUACUUGUUCAAUUAUCAAAAUCACAAGAUGAUGAAAUUGGUGAUGGAACAACUGGUGUUGUCGUUUUGGCUGGUGCUUUACUUGAACAAGCUGAAGCAUUGCUCGAUAAAGGUAUUCAUCCAAUUCGUAUAGCUGAUGGUUAUGAAUUAGCAGCUAAAGUUGCACUUGAUCAUUUGGAUAAAAUCGCUGAAUCAUAUCCACUUGAUUUGAAAAAUCUUGAUCCAUUAGUUAAUACAGCUAUGACAACACUUGGUUCAAAAAUUAUCAAUCGUUGUCAACGUCAAAUGGCUGAAAUUGCUGUUAAUGCUAUUAUGAAUGUUGUAGAUAUGGAACGACGUGAUGUUAAUUUUGAACUUAUUAAAGUUCAAGGUAAAGUGGGUGGUCGUCUUGAAGAUACAAUGUUAGUUAAAGGUGUUGUUGUUGAUAAAACAUUUGCACAUCCACAAAUGCCCAAGGAAGUGCGUAAUGCUAAAAUAGCAAUUUUAACAUGUCCAUUUGAACCACCAAAACCCAAAACUAAACAUAAAUUAGAUAUCACAAAUGUUGAAGAUUAUAAAAAACUUCGUGAAUAUGAAAAAGAAAAAUUCACUGAAAUGAUUAAAUCCAUCAAAGAUGCUGGUGCUAAUUUAGUUAUUUGUCAAUGGGGAUUUGAUGAUGAAGCAAAUCAUUUACUUUUAUCUCAGGAAUUACCAGCCGUACGUUGGGUUGGUGGACCAGAAAUUGAAUUAAUUGCUAUUGCAACAGGUGGUCGAAUUGUACCAAGAUUUCAAGAGCUUACCGCAGAUAAAUUGGGUUUUGCUGGACAUGUUUAUGAAUUAGAUUUUGGUACAACAAGUGAACAUAUGUUAUGUAUUGAACAAUGCAAAAAAUCAAAUACAUGUACUAUAUUUGUUCGUGGAGGAAACAAAAUGGUUGUUGAAGAAGCAAAACGUGCUUUACAUGAUGCAUUAUGUGUUGUAAGAAAUCUUGUACGUGACAAUCGAAUUGUUUAUGGUGGUGGCGCAUGUGAAAUAUCAUGUGCUAUUGAAGUAGCCAAAGAAGCAAAUAAGAUUGCAACAAUCGAACAAUAUGCAAUUCGAGCAUUUGCUGAUGCACUUGAAUCAGUUCCAUUAGCAUUAGCUGAAAAUAGUGGUUAUUCACCAAUUAAAACAGUAGCAGAUGUAAAAUCGGCACAAAUUGCACAAAAUAAUCCAAGUUUAGGUAUCGAUUGUCUUAAUACAGGAACAAAUGAUAUGAAGAGUCAAUUAGUUAUCGAAACACUUAUUGGUAAAAGACAACAAAUCAGUUUAGCUACUCAACUUGUUCGAAUGAUUCUUAAAAUUGAUGAUAUUCGUUUACCAGGUGAAUCUGAAGAGUAA